AUGAAUACUGAGAAAACUGUAGAUUCCAUCCCAAUCGAUCUCUUUCACGAGAUCUUCUCGAGAUUGCCUGCGAGGUUAGUCGGGAGGUGUCGUUGCGUUUCGAAGCAAUGGGCGUUCUUACUUGAGCGUCAAGAUUUCAUGGAGUUGUUCCUGACCAGGUCCUCGACUCGUCCACGUCACUUAUGGAUCAAGAAAGAAGACAACGAUGAAUGGCUCUUCUACUCGUCACCUCAAACUCAGAAGUCUACUGAAGUAGCCGCCGAAUUAUAUACCAAGUUCCUUGGAAGCAAACGUGAUCGUUAUAUCUGCUAUGCAUCUGGUUUGGUAUAUUUUUCAGAUGUGCGUAUCUCAAAAGAUAAGGGUAAGGAUUCAACGCCUGUGAUAUGCAAUCCUCUCACAGGAAGGUAUGCCAUCUUACCUAAACUGAUCUUACCUAACAUGAAAAGAAACAAAGAGCCGACCAGCUAUUUUGGGUUUGAUCCUAUUGACAAGAAAUUCAAAGUAUUGCUCAUAAACUAUUCAGUUUAUAAUGAAACUGUUUAUCAUAUUCUGACACUAGGAAGAAAAAUAGGAAUUGGAAAAAUGAGGUGGAGGAAGAUCCAAUGUCCCUUUACCCAUGAGCCUAAGCCUUCUUGUAAAGGGAUUUGCAUCAAUGGGGUUUUGUUUUACUCAGCGCAUACUGAUGAUGGAACAUCUGAUGUGAUAGUUUGCUUUGACAUGAGGUCUGAGAAAUUUAAGUUUAUUGUCAAAGAAAUAAUUUACAGUAAGUUGAUAAACUAUAAGGGUAAAUUAGGGGCGAUUACGUUGAAAUAUGAGUACGAUACACCAAGGGGUACUAAGUGGCUUACCUGUGAGUUACAUAUAUGGGUUCUAGAGGAUGUCGACAAAGAGGAAUGGACUAAGUAUGUCUAUCCUCUUCCGAAGACUAGAAACCGCAGACUUUUUUCAGUUGUUGGGAUGACUGCUAGUUGUGAAAUUGCUUUAUUAGAGUGCUCAAGCACAUACCUCAAUCCUAAUGUUUUCUACUUCAAUCCUGAGAGGAAGAGUCUCCAUCGUGUUAAAAUUCGAGGUGUUGGUGCUGAAAGUGGUAAGGUUUAUGCCUUUGCAGACCAUGUAGAGGAUCUUGGUGUUAACGAUAAGCAUCUCAAGUCAAGCAUUUAUGAGUCUUAA